UGACUGGAGAGUGAGAGGAGGAGAUAGGAGCGAGCAAGAAAAAGGGUGAGUGAGUGGUAGAGAAAGGGACAGUGGGAGGGAGUUAAAGAGGGAACGAACAAGGAGAAAGGAGAGGUAGAAAGAGGAAGAUAGCAAAAGAGCAGCUAUGUAUUUCUGUGGGAGGGUGACAGCGCUCCAUUCCUGGGAGAUGGGAUGAAGUGAACACACAGUAUGGAGAGACAAAAACGGGCUUAGAGGACAAAGAAAAAUAAACACAAACAUAAAACGAGACAUUUCCCCUUUGUGUCCCACUCAGCAGCGCAAGCCAUCCUCCACAUGGAAGAGGCAGACCCGGGAAAGUAGCUCAGCACUCAGUAAUGGAGAUGGAAACAUUGACAAUAUCUCCCUGGGGUCAUGAGUUUUUCCCGCACUACAAGUACCUCUUCAACAAAAUACAUUAAAGUUGUCAGGACAUCCAUUCUGCUUUCCCUUAUGCUCAGAGACCAUGGGAAGCGUCAGCAGCCUCGUCUCAGGUCACAGUCUUCACAACAAGCACUGUCAGGCCACGGAGUACAAAUUAAAGAAAGCAGGCCAUCACCGGAAGACAGGCCGGAGCCUGGAUGGCCUACUGAAGUAUAGCUUUGCACAGGGGUCCUCCAACAACACAUCUAAAGCCAUCUCUCAGGCAGGCAGGAGUGAAGACUUCUUUUACAUAAAAGUGAGCCACAAGCCGCGGACUACUCACCAGAGAGGCAUCCUAACAGAGAACCUUUUAGAACAGGGACAUUUUACUGAUACGGAACCAGACUGUAGAGUGCCAACUAAGUUGCUGCCUAUGUCUGGGAAACUGGAGAAGAAUACCGAGAACGCUUUGAUCCGGCCCACAGCCUUCAAGCCAGUCAUCCCUAGGAGCACCUCUUCCACAGAGACUCGCGACAAUCUCACCCACCUGCUUAUUCCCCCAGAAAGGACCAAAGACUCCCAGGGGCCCAAACAGGACACCUUUUCAGUGACCCUCUCAGACUCUGGGCAGGAUUCAAUGUCCAGCCUGCCUACUCAAAGCACCAAUGGGAGCCUCAGUGCUUCCACAGGCCCAUUGUCUCAGUGUGCAGGAGGCUCAGCCCAUGGCAUGGCCCAUCCCCUGCAGCCCCCCCGCUCUACAUGGACCAAUGGGAAUGGCAUUAGAGUCAGUGCUAGGGCUGCAGCUCUAAGCAAUGGAGGGGCAGUGAAGGCUAACAAGGAUGCCGUCUCCAUACCGUCCACUCAGCAGCCUAUUCCUCUGUUGGAGGAGAUGGGAGGCUGUAAUCGCUCUCCCAUCUCAAUGGACGAGUCUCUCAUUGAGCUGCUGGAGCAGAGGCUGCUGGAGAGUGAGACAGAGCUGCAGGAGCUGCAGGUGAGCUUUGAGGAGAAAGAGGUGGACACUUGCCAGCUGUUCGAGGAGAGGCAGAGGUAUUGUGUUGAGGAGAUGGAGGGCCUGAAGCAGAGGUGCUCCACCAAGCUCAGGCAGGUCUCACACAGGGCCGUGAGGAACCACCAGGCCUUGCAACUGCAGGUCAGUCAGCUGCAACAGGACAAGCAGAGGCUCCAGGAUGAGCUGGCCAGGAUGACCCAGGAAAAGGACCUGACAGAGGUCAAACUGAGAUCGUUUGAGAGGGAGAAAACCCAGCUCGAGCCCACCUUAGAGGAGACCCAGUGGGAGGUAUGUCAAAAGACUGGGGAGAUCUCCCUGCUGAAGCAGCAUCUCAGGGACUCCCAGGCUGAUGUCACUCACAAGCUGAAUGACAUCGUAAGCCUCAAGGUCUCGCUGAAGGAGACUCGGGCCAAAAUGGAGGCAUUGGGGCAGCAGAACAAAGAACAAGAGGACAAGAUACACUCUCGCAGCGUGGAGGUCGAGGUAUGCCACAAUGAGCUCCAGCGCAAGAAGAACGAGGCUGAUCUUCUAAGAGAAAAGGUGGGUAUACUAGAGACAGACAUCAAAGGAAUUAAAAAGGAUCUGGCCCUGGCAAAAGAACAGAGGCAGCAGCAGAAGGCCAAACUGGAGGCCCAGGCCCAGCAGAGGACAGACCAGAGUGAGGGGAGAGAAGGGUGCAUGAGCACUGACUCCCUCCAGGGAGAGGUGGAGAGACUGAAAGGGGAGCUCAGGGAAGAGAGAGAGACUCAGGAGAGGCUGUUGAACAGCUUUGAGCAUGAAAGACAGACGUGGAACAAGGAGAAGGACAGAGUCAUCAAGUACCAGAACCAGCUUCAGCUCAACUAUCUGCAGAUGCACAAGAAGAACAAAGACUUGGAGAGGAUCCUGCAGGAGCUCACAGUGGAGCUGGAGAGUCGGCCGGAGCUCGACGUGGACAUCCACAGCUCAGGGUUACACUAUGAGGAUAUGAUAGCCACAGAAAUUUGAGGGAGAAACUCACAGAGAAUCAUUUUUAAAAAUCAUCAACUGUUACAACAGGGUAAUUAAACAAUCAUAUUAAACACAUAAUUUGUUAUGUCUGUCCAGAAAACAGAUGAUCCAUUGUUGCCUUGGCAGGGGCAGCGUUUUAAAGAUAAUUCAGUUGGCUAACAUACUGCUGCAUGAUAUGACAGAAUUGGGGUCAGGCCUGACUACUAAAAUCACUGUAGUUCUCUAUGACCGUGUAAAGCAGGCUUUAAGCUUUUGUUAUGUUACCCAUAGGGUUGGAUUCCCAGAAACAGAUUAAACCUAGACUUGGACCAACAAAAACAUUCAAGACGAGGCUUAAUCUUUGUCCAGGAAACCGCCCCAUAAUGUUCAAUUGACAGUAGUCUACGAAAUGCUUAUUCCUCUUGAGCAUUUUCCCAGUACUAUAGUUAACUUAAGGCAUUCGUUCUGCAUGUGUCAAGUCCUACAUAUAAUGUUGCAAGUCUCCACAACAACCACUGAGACUCAGCGAUAUGAGAGCCAAUUUAUUUUGAUUUAACCUUUUUGAUCCCAAGCAUCACCGUGGCCAGAGAUAUUGCAGAGGGUGUGAGACAAGAGAAUGCCCUCGUCAGCACCCACACAGAUACUGGCAUCUGCACGUGUAUGGGAGUUCACAUCUCUCUCCUGCAACAUGAUAUAGUAGCUGCAUGGCAACAAAUGCUGAGGAGUGCAGCCACCUGUGUCACAGUCUUUCUUUUUGUCAGGAGUCUCCCCACUCUUUGUAGUAACUGUAUAGCUGAGUUUGCCUAAGUGUCAAACCACUGGAUGUAUAUUUUGUGAAUUAUCAUCAGUAUUAUUUAUUGAUAUAAGGGACACAAACGUUCAACGCAGUAUUGUACUGAUUACGGUUUGAAAGGGACUAAUUAAACUGAGAUGAUAAAGAA